AUGCGUGCAGUGGAAAAUAUUAUACAGGAACGCCGUUUGCUAGAAGAAAUUGAAUAUCCUCUAGUAUGCAAUUUGCGUUACGCUUUUCAAGAUGAUGAAAAUCUAUUCAUGGUCCUUGACUUGAUGUUAGGUGGUGAUUUAAGGUUUCAUUUGGAACGACAAGCUUGCAUGAGAGAGGAUGUAGUAAAGUUUUAUGUUGCUGAAGUUAGUUUGGGAUUGAAUUAUUUACAUUCUAAAAAGAUUGUUCAUAGGGAUUUAAAACCUGAUAACGUUCUUUUGGAUGAAAAGGGGCAUGCUCAUUUAACCGACUUUAAUAUAGCUGUUCAUUUCAAUGAAAGAAAGCCUCUUACAUCGGUUGCUGGUUCUAUGGCAUAUAUGGCAAUCCUUCAUGAACCUCUUCAAUUUCCUGAUAAUGUUUAUGAUCUAGUUUCUAGAGAAUGUAUUGAUUGUUUAAAACGGUUUUGUGAACGGGAUAUAAGCAAACGUCUUGGAUGUGGUCCUAACGGUUUAGAAGAUAUUAAACGUCAUCCAUGGUUUAGAGAUAUAGAGUGGGAUAAGCUUGAUACAAAACAAGCUAAAGCUCCAUUCAUUCCAGAUGUAUGCCAUAUAAUUUCUCUUGAGGAACUUCUUCUUGAAGAUAAUCCUCUCAAAGCUAAAAAACGUGCGAAUCCCAAUCAAGACCUUAGUGAACUUUCAAAAGAAAUGAGAAUGAUGGAAGAAAAAUUCUUAAUAUAUGACUUUACUAAGAUGGCUAGAAGAAGCUAUUUUGUAAAUCCACCAGAAAGAUCAACUAGGCGAAGAAGCGAAAGAAGCAGUGGAUCCACUACUGUCGAUCGAAUGAUGAAUAAUUAUUCCGGUGCAACUAUUCAACUUGAUAAUAUUGACAGUACUGAUACUUCAAAUCUUACUUCAAAUCUUCAACAUCCAUCAAUGGUAAAACUACAACAUGCACGUACUGAGUCGGAUCUUACUGCU